CCGACUAACUCACAAAGCAGCACCAUAGAUCUGUCUGAAAUCAGCGGCCUUAAGAAUGUCAACAUGCAGUUGCCAGCGGGUGUCAGUCUCGCCAGUUUACCUGGCGCGUCUUCGCUGCCAGGACGCAAGGACAAUCAUGACGGUACCUGUGAGCUUUACGUGGGAAAAAUUUGCGAGCACCUCGUUGGCAAUCAGUCCGUCUAUAUCCCCCACCCGAUGACCCAGAGCUUAUUAGAGGAAAAACUUAUAAAGGCCUUCAGCGUUAUUAAUAAAUCACCGGACCUAUCCCCGAACUGUGAGCGCUACGCGCAGCCAUCCCUGUGUUACUCGACAUUCCCGAUUUGCCGGAACUCUGCCAAAAACCAGCAGCCCAGCACCCAGUUGUUCCACCUGCUCAAAUCGAACCAGCAGGAGGAUUUCGAGGAAGUCGACGGCGAGGAUCAGAUCUUUUUUUUACGUCAAAUCAAAAGAUCUUUGCAAGCUCAGAUUGGAUUGGUUUUUUCAGUAAGUGUUGAAACACUUGUUGUCCUCGUUUCAGGGGGGUCAACUCGGAAGAUCAUCAGCACGACUUACGGCGACUCGCACUCGGCGAAAAAAGACGCGCUGAAUCGUAAGCUGCGUCGAAUUUGCCGCAAGGAGUGCGAAAUACUCGAGGACGAUUUGUGCAGGAGGGAAUACGCGAUCGGCAAACGACACCCGGAAAUCGGCAGACAACUGCCGCUCGUUGAGUGCUCGGAUCUUCCUCCCGAAGGCACCCCGGAGGCAGCUGACUGCAUGAGUCUGGGAAUCUCCACGGACAGCAACGUUCAAGAGAACGAUUAUUGUUAUUGGGGUACUGGAAAAUCGUACCGCGGUGUGGUCAAGACGAGCAUAACCGGCAAGCCGUGUCAGCCCUGGAUAAAUCAGUUUAAUCUUCAGAUCUCGGAUUACCCGGAACUGGCGGGUCGCCACUCGUAUUGCCGAAACCCGGGCAGUACGGAGUUGCAGCCCUGGUGUUACGUAGACGUGAAUAACCGCAUGCAAAAGGAACUUUGUUAUAUACCUAAAUGUGUUGAAAACUUGUGGGUUUACGCUGUUGUUGGUUUUGUACUCACGGGAGGAUUUGUAAUUAUACUGGUUUGUUAUUGUUGUUGCUACAGAAGCAAAAAAUCCAGAAGACAGACUAAUCACUUGCCCAUGAAUAAGAUGUUGACUGGAUUGCAAAGUGACAAAAAUAUUUACGACGGAAGACGAAACAACACGCAGCCCAUGGAGAUGAGCUCGUUGCUAGCCGGUCCCGGGAACACGACACCCGGAACCGGUACUCUGAGCAGCGGAAGCAGCCGAACUUCCAACAACCGAGUGCCGCAGUUUACAAUGAAUAACGUCGUGUUGUUGCAAGAACUGGGAGAAGGGGCGUUCGGAAAAGUUUACAAAGGCGAGUUGCAAACGGGAAACAAAACCGAUGAAGUUAUUUACGUGGCGGUGAAGACUUUGAAGGAAAACGCGAGUCCGAAGACUCAGAACGAUUUCAAGCGAGAGGUCGAUCUCAUGACCGAUCUCAGGCAUCCGAACAUCAUAUGUCUGCUGGGUGUCAUACUCAACGGUGAGCCCAUGUGCAUGUUGUUCGAGUACAUGACUCAAGGCGAUCUGCACGAGUUCUUGAUCAGCCACUCGCCGAGAUCGGACAUCCCUCUCAACAACUCGAGCGGAAAGGUCUUGGAACAGCACGAAUUUCUCCACAUUGCUCUGCAGAUAGCUUCCGGAAUGGAGUAUCUGGCCAGUCACCACUACGUCCACAGAGAUCUGGCUGCCAGAAAUUGUUUGGUCGGUGAAAACUUGACCGUGAAAAUCUCCGACUUUGGCCUCUCUCGCGACAUCUACAGCAGCGAUUACUACCGAGUGCAAUCAAAGAGUCUACUUCCUGUGAGGUGGAUGCCACCGGAGUCAAUAUUCUACGGCAAAUUUACAACGGAAUCCGACGUAUGGAGCUUCGGGGUGGUCUUGUGGGAAAUCUACAGCUACGGCUUACAGCCAUAUUAUGGGUACAACAAUCCCGAGGUAAUCGACAUGAUUCGUUCGCGUCAACUGUUGCCUUGCCCCGAAGAUUGUCCAACGAUGAUCUACAGCUUGAUGAUCGAGUGUUGGCACGAGGUGGCAAAUCGCCGACCGCAGUUCCCGGAGAUCCAUCAUCGGUUGCACAACUGGUACGCCAAUCAAACGUACCUUAAUGACUUUUGCAACGAGACGAUGACCAGUUACUCGGGUAGCAGCCACAAGAGCACCAACAAGACCAACUCGACGCAACUCUCCGCGCCGCUUUUCGGCAACAAGAACAACGAUUCCCUUAUCAGAAACAACCAGCAACAACAGCAGCCACAAUCGCUGUACGGUGUGCCGUCGACGGAUGGGUCGAUGCACAAGAUGACCGGCAACUUCCACAGCAAUGGUUUGCAGCACUACGGCGAGCAGCCGGGGACGCCGAUAAAAGCCCAUCAGCAGACCUACCAGACCGAUUACCCUGAAGACGGCAAGCAGUGCUGUUCGCCGAAACUUAGUGGUGCGAAAAAGGUUCUCCCUGUGGCGCCUCAUCUACAGCAGCAACAACAGCCGGCAGUCCCAAGUUGUUUGAAGACCAAUGGUCCAGCGAUGCCACCAAACGGUACGCGGCCGAUGCAAAACGGUGCUCAGCUAGUAGUCAGGCUACCCGACCCCAGUAAAGUGCUCAUCGAAACGAGACUUUCGAAACAGUAA